CAAAUAUGGCGGAGAGGAGCAGGACGGCAGAGACGGGUAAUGCCAUAGGAAGUGAUGAUCCCAUAGCAGGGAACGUGAGCAAGCACACUGUUCUCCCAGCUGGUUAUUGUGGACAGCCCAAAAAAGGACACCUUGUAUUUGAUGCCUGCUUUGAAAGUGGCAACCUUGGACGGGUGGACCACAUCACAGAGUUUGAGUAUGACCUGUUCAUUAGACCAGAUACCUGUAACCCCCGCUUUCGAGUUUGGUUCAACUUCACUGUUGAAAAUGUAAAAGAAUCACAGAGGGUGAUUUUCAAUGUCGUCAACUUCAGUAAAACAAAAAGCCUCUAUAGAGAUGGGAUGGCUCCAAUGGUGAAAUCCACAAGCAGACCAAAAUGGCAACGAAUACCCUCGAAAAAUGUGUAUUACUAUCGCUGCCCAGACCACAGGAAGAACUAUGUCAUGUCAUUUGCUUUUUGCUUUGACCGUGAGGAUGACACUUAUCAAUUUGCUUACUGCUACCCCUACACCUAUACUCGCCUUCAGCACUAUCUUGACAACCUCCAAAGGAGGAACAUGGACUACUUUCGCAGGGAACUGCUGGGACUCAGCGUGCAGAAACGGCGGCUUGACCUCCUGACAAUAACCAGCCCCGCAAACCUGCGUCCAGGGGCUGAACAGAAAGUGGUGUUCAUCACUGCACGGGUCCACCCUGGGGAAACACCAUCUUCCUUCGUGUGCCAAGGUAUAAUUGAUUUCCUUGUGAGCCAGCAUCCAAUUGCAAAAGUACUGAGAGACCACCUGGUCUUCAAGAUUGCACCCAUGCUCAAUCCUGAUGGAGUGUACCUAGGAAACUACAGGUGCUCUUUGAUGGGGUUUGAUUUAAACCGGCACUGGGCAAAUCCAUCUCCCUGGGCUCAUCCCACACUGCACGGUGUGAAACAGCUCAUCAUUGAGAUGUACAACAAUCCGAAGAUUAACCUGGAGUUCUAUAUUGACAUCCAUGCCCACUCCACCAUGAUGAAUGGAUUCAUGUAUGGGAACAUCUUUGAAGAUGAGGAAAGAUUUCAGCGACAGGCUGUUUUUCCCAAGCUACUCUGUCAGAAUGCUGAAGACUUCUCUUAUUCCAGCACAUCAUUCAACAGAGAUGCUGUGAAAGCAGGGACAGGCCGGCGUUUCCUUGGUGGGCUGUUAAAUGAUACAUCCUACUGCUACACUCUGGAAGUCUCAUUCUACAGUUACAUAUUGGGUGGACCUACUUCGGCUGUCCCCUACACAGAAGAAGCAUAUAUGAAGCUUGGAAGAAAUGUGGCCAGGACAUUCUUGGAUUACUACAGGCUGAACUCCUUGGUGGAUAGACCACUAGGACCUACUCCUAAAACUCGGAAAGAAAAAAUUCCAGUUUUGAAAUGCCCUACCCAACGAGGCCAAGGGAACAGCCAUGCUGCUGGCAAACCAGAGAAGAGGAGCCAGGUUCACCUGAAGGACCAGUUGCUCUCCACACGAUGAGAGGAGAGGGGAGAAGAGGAGGGCUGGUCUGCAGGGCAAGGCAGAGGAGCAUGUCAGAGUCUGGAACUGAUGAUGUUUCUCUUUUUUUUCCCAGACAAGUAUUUCUAAGAUAACAAAUGAUCCUAGGAAGAGAAAGGGAAAUUAGCUCGAAAUUUUACUAUUGAUUCUUUUUUUUUAUUUAUAGAUGGUAAAUCAAUCUCAGGGCCUUUUUCUUUUUCCUUUGCCUUUUUUUUUUUUUUUUUUUUUUGUCUCAGCUCUAGGGGAAAAAAAGUAACCUGAUAGAUUUACAGACAUAAUUUGCAGUGGCUGAAAAGCUAUUUGGUAAAAUGAGAAAGCCUCCCCUUCCUCCACCAGCCUUGCUCUCUCUUUAAAGGGGUAAUCCAUACGAUGAGCUAACAAGGGAGUCCUGGCUCCCCUGCUGCAGCAUGUGAUGUCUCCCCUUUUAGUGUCAGGCUCAGAAGCUCUUAUGCCAAUUGCAUGUGCUGGCCCUGUUAGCUUGCAUUAAGAGAGCCUGAUAAAUAGGUUCUGGGAGUCAGGCAGGUGCUCCUCAGUGUGCUGUUUAUCAUCUGCUGCAUGGUUAGCUUUUCUGCUCUUCUAUCAGAUAAUUUGAGGGAAGGGGUCAUAUGAGAAAUGUUACUGUCAGGCUACAGGCAUGAAACUCACUGCAAGCCCUGUCUAACAGGCAGGAGCCAUGAUCCUCCAGCAAAAACUGGUUGGGGUCUAGAAAGACUGGACUUCCCAACAGAUGUGUGACUAGGGCAGUGUGAGGUGAGCUAGUGUUGAAAGGGAUGAACAAACAGUAUUGAGCUAAUCCCAAGCAAAACCUCAGAACCUUCUCCUUCCAUGGGCAGCAAGUGAAAUUUCUGCUUGAAGCCACUGUCGCUAGGCAGUCUUGUCUCCUGUCCUGUAUGACUAAUUGAAACAUCUGCCAGUGCUGUGGGUUUAAAGCAUGAAGCCAGUGGUUCUCAAAUUGGAGAGUAAAAAAGGAUGAUCGAGAGGGGUCUUGCAGCCAAGAAGCCAGUAGGCCCUCAUACGUGCUUAUCUGUCUUUAAUACAGUUCCCACAUCUAUGUCUCAACAGAUAGAAGGGAGCUCUAUGUAAAGUCCUUGAGCUCUUUUCCACACAAGCAGGGUGAAGACUUGAAGGCUGACGUCUGUGUUUUGUGUCUCAGGACCUCAUGUGCACUUCUGGAGGCCCACCACAACAGACCUCCUGGGAGAAACUGGGCCACGGUUUCCCUUCCAGGUAGCUUUACUGUGGCCAGAAAGAGUGAGAAGGAACAAAUCAGGGCAAAGAACUGGCUUUGCGUGCCUCUGAAAAAGGACAAGCUACUCUGGAUCUUGCAAAACUUGAGCUGAUAGUGUCUGUGCAUUAUCCACCUGUUAGCUGGGCUUUCAUUAGUUAAUUAGUUUCUCUCUGAUAAGGGGAACUUGGUUAAAAACAAGAAAGAGAUAUCCCACUGGAAGGAAAAUUAUCUAAAACACUAAGCAAAUUUGGUAUUUUCAGCAUUUCAAGGUGAAGGGGUUAAACUGGCCGUGUUUUUGGGGGGAAUAAAAUGCCUUCACAUGGUGAAUUCCAAGGCAUCCAAAAGGCACAGUGCUGGCUCUGUGUCUCCAAUAGCAGAGUAAUGAAUAGCAGUGACAGUGUGAUAAUUAAAAUGACCUCUUGGAGAUAUGGAUUAGAAGGUAUGCAGAGGAGGGAUAAGUUCUCCUUUGAAUUAAUCUAGUGUUAAUUUAUGGCUAUCGUUGGAUUUUAUAAGGUUUUAGUGGAAGACUUUCAAAGUUGGUUUACUGGGGUGAUAAUAUUCCUUCUGCAUAUUCACUGGAAUAACACUGGCAGAGUUUCUCAUUAUUUCUUUUUGAAUGCUUAUAUAAAUAUAUAAUGACAGAGUUUCAGGCAUUUGCUUAGCUGCUAAAGAGUCCACUGUAGAAAUAUGAAUAA